AUGAUUUCAUCAUGGAGAAGGAAAAAAUCUGCACGUCAUGCUGCGAAAAAACACGAUUUGGAGAAGGAUGUAAGCAUGGAGGUGAGAAUCCCCGUCCAUUUUCGAUGUCCGAUAUCACUAGACUUGAUGAAGGAUCCGGUAACAUUGUCUAGUGGAAUGACAUAUGAUCGAGAUAGCAUCGAGGCAUGGUUUGAAGCCGGCAACUCCACUUGUCCCGUAACUAAUCAAGUCUUGAGAAAUCUUGAGCCUAUACCUAAUCAAUCCAUUAGGAGAAUGAUUCAAGAUUGGUGUGUGGAGAAGAGGUCUUAUGGUAUAGAGAGGAUUCCAACUCCAAGAAUUCCCGUAACAUCGGUCGAGGUUUUGGAGAUUCUCUCUAAAGUUGAGGCCGGUGGUGAACAAGAAUGCCGAGAAUUGGUCUUGAAGAUAAGGUCAAUAGCUAAAGAAAGCGAGCGAAACAAACGAUGCAUUGUGGCGAAUGGCACCGGCAGGGCCUUAGCGUCCAGGUUUGAGGCCUUUUCUAGAGAUUCUAUCGAUAAACAUGUCUUAAUCUUGGAGGAAAUCAUGUCUACUUUGACGGUAAUAUCACCCCUUGAUGAGGAAACAAAGCUUAUUCUUGGAUCAAAAUCAUCGUUACAUUGCAUAAUUUGGUGUUUGAGGCGUGGAAGCUUGUCGAGCCGAAGAAAUGCAGUAUUAACGCUAAGAUCGAUUAUUUCAUCAGAUCAACAAAAAGUUGUUGAUUUAAUCGAGAUCGAAGGGGCUCUAGAAUCCUUGGUGCAGCUAGUGAAAGAGCCCAUAUGCCCUACUACUACAAAAGCUUCGUUAUUAGCUAUAUACUAUGUGGUUUCGUCAUCAACAACAAAUUACAAAGACGACAUCAUAAAAAGAUUCGUGGACACAGGGUUGGUCGAAAUUCUAGUAGACACGCUCGUGGGAUGCGAAAAAAGCGUAUGUGAGAAGGCAUUAGGUGUUUUGGAUGGAAUUUGCAAUUCUAGUGAAGGGAGGGAAAAGGCCUACGAUAAUGCUCUAACUAUGCCUGUUUUAGUGAAGAAACUAUUACGCGUUUCGGAUUUAUCGACGGAGUUUUCCCUUUCGAUCAUGUGGAAACUUGGGAAGAAUGAGAAGAGGGAAGAAAGAGGGGUGGUUUUUGAAGCUGUAGAAUUAGGAGCUAUUCAGAAGCUGUUACUUCUCUUACAAGUUGGUACAAGUGAGAAAACAAAGGAGAAUGCGACACAUUUGUUGAAGUUAAUGAAGUUGUAUAGGAAUAGGGUGGAGUGCAUUGAUUCCUUGGACUUCAAGAAUCUCAAACGGCCAUUUUGA